CAUCCGUUCCUAUGACGCGCUAAUUCGCGCGUUCCUCAAAUAUAGCGACUAGUGAGGUGAUGAAUGUAAUGUUUUUGUACGUGGUGUGCAAAAGUACUUGAGACCGUUAACGCGCUAGAUAUCAAAGGGAUGUAAAAAUAGGCGAGUAAAUAUAAUUUGAGGUAUCAGUUCGUGACUGUAUAUUUGUCCGGCGAGUGUUUCUAAGGUGACUCUUCCCUUAAGCUGUUUCUUUGCUAAUCACAGAACAUGAGUGGGAAUUAAUCCAAGUACAGUUGUGUAGUAUGGCUGGGGUAAAGUGGCAGGACAGACUGAAGUCUCUGGAGCAAAGAGCCUUAUCCUUCCAGUCCGCCCCUCUGUGCUGUCCAUAUAAGCCACGUCUGUCCCGCCCAUGGCAGCCCUCCUCUGUGUGGAGACUCUUUCCUCGCCAAAGCGCAGCCAUUGCCUUCCUUCAGCAGCAUGUUAAACAAGAUGUGCAUAUAUUUUCACUGGAGAAGGAGGGCAGUGAUGCUGGACAAAGAAUAUUCCUAGUGACCAGCUACAGUGAACUUUGGCACUAUUACAGGACUCACAGACAGUCUCUGAUGCACUGCUAUGAGGUCAUUCUCGAUGGGGCAGUCUGCAAACUCUAUUUUGACUUGGAGUUUCACAAAGCCUCCAACCUACAUCUGGAUGGCAAGAUGAUGGUGGCCAAAUUAAUUCAGUAUGUGUGUGAGAAGCUAGAAGAGGUAUAUGGUCUACACUGUUCUGCAAAAGACGUCCUUAAUUUGGACUCCAGCACCUCUGAGAAGUUCAGCCGCCAUCUCAUCUUCAUGCUCCCUAAUGCUGCAUUUAAAGACAACUCCCAUGCAGGUCAAUUUAUUCAUGCUAUUCUACAUCCUGCUUUGAACAGCCUUCAGAAAAGCCCAAAGGCACUGACAGUUGCAGUCGAUUCAGGAGAGAGCAGAGAUGAUGAGGACCGUUCUGAGGCCAAGAGGAGAAAGUUUGAAGAGAAGGAUCUCAGCUUUCUCAUAGUAAAGAGUAAAAAUGGAUCAGAACAACUUUUUGUUGACCUGGGUGUCUACACCAAGAACAGGAACUUUCGCCUCUACAAGUCUUCCAAACUGGGGAAGAAUGCUGCCUUCACUGUUGCAGAGGAUAACAAAUAUAUCACAAAGUCUUCCGGGCAAAACACAGAAGAAGAAAGCAUAUUUCUAGCCUCUUUGAUCACUAACAUCAGUUACACAGGACAGAGGAUUUUGUCGUACAAUAUGCUUGAGAGGAGUACAGCAGAAUCUCCCUAUUUGACGCUGCAGAAACAGUCACACAAUUCUGACCUGGUCGGUGAACAGCAGCCGUCUCCAUUUAAAGAUGUGGAUGAUUUCGUGUUGACGCUCAUUUGCAAGGAUGAAAUUCAAGGACACAUACGACGAUGGAACUACUUUGCGUCUGAGCAGCUGCUAGUUUAUGAUAUUGGGAAAUUUCGCUGGUGCCAAAAUGUGAAUCGUUUCCACAAGAGCAACAAUAUCAUGAUUGUGGUGGAUCUCAAAGAGGAAGUGUGGUAUCAGAGAUGCCAUGACCCUGAUUGCCGGAAACAGAAUUACAGAUCCUCAAGCUACUCACUGCCGAAGGAGAUCUGCAUGAGUCAUAUACUGAUGGAGGAUGAAGAGGAUCAGGCAUACUUAACAGAUGAACUGGGCAACAUUGAGCUUGCACAGAGCUCUGUAACUGUGACUGCUUCAGCAGUGCAGGUGACUGGGCAGGAGUCAUCCCCAGCUGUCUGGGGUGAGGACCGUAAGGAUUGGGACAACUUGACUGAUGACAUGGCUUACCUGGAGGCCCUGCAGAAGGUAGAAGAGGCCACUGAGCAGCAGCAGGAGGUCUCUGAUGAACUUCUGCUCCAGGCAGUGACUGACUGUGAAUGAUGGUAUUAGAGUCUAAAGGACGCUGGAUAGAGAUUUUAUGAUGAAUUGUCACUAGUGCAAUAUCUAAGGUUUUCUAUGAAUUUAUUCACUAAAAUAUUAAUUUCUUUACAAAUUGUAUUAUCAGAUUGUUUAAAACUUAUUCCAAUAUAUUCUUUUGUUAUAUGGAUUUGCAAGUGUAUAUAACUGAACAAAUGAUUUUAUUUGAAAAUUUUCCAAAAUAAUUCAAAUUUUAACAAUAGAUGAGUGAAUAAAUACCAAUAUGACAAAGUUUAAUUCUUUUAAUGUUAUUACUUAAUGUAAUGUUAGCACUAAGAAAUACAGUGCAGAAGGUUAAAAAUGUGUUUUCUCUAACUUUCCAGGAGAGGGCAGCAUAAGUUUAUUUCGCAAUAGAGAUAUUGUUUUUGUAGAUUUAUAUGUUUUAAAUGACUUGUCAGGAGUACUAAAUGGCAACUGCCACCAAACACGAUAAUACACUGAAGAAAAUGUAAAUGUGCUGAUACUGUGUAAAACUUGUCCAUAUCUCUUUCUUAUACUGGAAAAACUAUUAAAAUGACAUUUUAAACAUUGCCAAUAAUAACAAUAAAGAAAACAUCCAUCUCAUAA